ACCUUCGUGUGCAGGAGGGGAAUGACAGAAAUUGCUACUAACACUCCUACUAAAAUGUAUUCUAAAUCCAUAAGCGUUUUUUAAGGAUGAAAACAUACUAAAAUAUUCUGGCUCCUGUAAGGUGAGGAUUCAGCAAACAGGAAACUGAGAUCCCAUUAGAAGAAAACUAAGGCUGUCUAAGCAGCUAAAGUCCAGUGAAGUGAAUUGGUUUAUUUUUGUAUAAAUCAGAAGGAGCUGGAUAAGGGCUUGGCUGUGGAAAGAAAAAAAAUUAAGCAUAUUUGACAGGAAUAAUUUUAGGCAUAGAUUAUCCUAAGCUACUGCUUAAAUGGUUAAAAGAAGAUGCGAGAUACAUUGUAGCAAAAAAUCGCCUUAGAAUAGCAAAGGAUUACAGUUAACAACUUGAAGAGGAAAUAGUUUCUUUGGUUAUCAAAAUAUUAUUUAAUAUUUCCGAAGCCAGUAUGCUCCCAGGUUAGCACAGAAACAGAGAAAUUAUUAGAAAAAACCUCUUUGUUCCUUUAUAAGUCAAAAAAGCAUUAUCCCUGGUGUUUCUUGAUGCUGAACUUUCUAGAUAAAGUGUCUGAUGGAUUCUUGAAAAGUUUGGUAGCAGACAAUUGAUCCACAGUAUCUUGCUGUUCAUUGUGCUCUGUGGUGAAAUUAAGCACAGAAUCCUGCAAAACCUUAGUAAUUCUUACUGAAAAGAACAGCCUUUCUGAUGGGCAGACUGAAUCUAAGCUGUCCUUGCAACGAGGGCUCUGUAUGUUGUCUUUCAUUGUAGUUUUUCAUAUGGCUGCAUUUGCAGAAGUCAUCACCCUGCCACAAUGAAUGUGCUUUUAAUUUGGACAACAAAAACAAUCGUGUUGUAAGUCACUGCCUUCUCUAUACACUGCCUGAUUUAACUUGCUUGAGCAAGUGUCCUAUUUUUCCUAAGUGUUUUGUUGGGUAUGUCAUAUAGGGAAUGGUGCUGAAACCAAAUGAUCUGUGCCUACUAAAAAUAUGAGGCUUUUGUAACUAAUGUAAUACAGCAGUAUAACAGAUAUUCAGCAGUGCUCUAAGAAUUUGACUUUGUACUUUAACUAUAUUUUUUAUGUUGGACAAUAUUAAGUAGUCAGAUAUAAAUGUUAAAGGUUGUAUAAAUACACAUAGGUCCACAUACAAUUUACAGAAAGCAUCAAUGUAAAUAUUUGUACACUUUUAAAAGGAGAGGAAAAAGGUAUUCUGACCUCUGUUUAUUUUUUGAAACACUGGGAAGCUAAAGGAGCUGAAUCGUGUUCAGUUUAACAGUGUCAUAACAGUGUCAUGGAGAAUAAGGUAAAUGAUCCAGAGUACAAAAAAAAAAUUCUUACCAGAUAUGUGCAAGUCUACUCUUGCUUCCAUCCUGCUCUCACUGAGCCCAAAAGAAUGAGGUUCGGGUCUCCACAGUGUAAAAAGCUAUUGUGUUCACUGUUCACUUGGUGUGUACCUAAGUCCGUAAAAACAACUGUGAAAAUCAGGUUGUGAGGAAAAAAUGGCAGGAGCAUAAAAUAAUUUAAAGAAAUGUCUGCAGGAAGAAUGCUCUUUAUGAGAAGUCAGUGCAGAACCAGAACAUCUGUGACAGGGAUUCUUUGACAAAUAUGCAGUGACACAGCUUUCAGAGUGGGAGGAUAGGAGAUGCGAGUAGAAAUAUUCUCAGUAUCUCUAUUAGUGAAGCAAAAAAAUAUUAUUAUUUAGAAACAAAAACCACUAAACAGAUACCUGUGAAGCUGGGUAAUGGUGGAUCAUUCAAUACUAGACUUCCUAUUGAAACUUGCAGUGCAUAGAAUCUACCUGGCAGCACACUUAAUGGCUUCAUUUGUAUGCGGUUAACUAGGUAACCUACUUUCCUUACACAAAAUAGAGCUGUCUUUGACUUGUAUCUGCUUGAUUCUGAAUUUGAGACUCAAAUGUGUAUACCCCGUUCUUGCUUAGACAUCACACAACAGUCACAGGGAGAAGCUAUGUGAGGUUAUGUGAUGUGCUGGUAUGUUUUACAAAAGACAAUGGAAUAAUAUCCUGUAAAUACUUCCCACAGGCUGUAUUGCUUGUUUCUAUGAGCUGUCCCAUAUGUGGUAAUGAAUUAUCUGUAGUAGUAGGCGCAAAAUGAAGUAAUAAGAUCAUUGUUUGUGAAUAAUCUUCAAGAUGAGUAACUGCACGAAAAGUAGAUCCAUUUCAUUAAGAACUGUCAGUCUCAUAACUAACGACACUGAAGCAAACUGAACAGCAGUUCUAGGUCUUAGUGUACGACUGAUCACUUCUGCUCUUCAGAAUAUACAAAAUUCAAUUUAAAUAUAAUAAAUAAUAUAUAAUAACAAUAAAAAAAAUUAUAUAAUAAAAAUAUAUAAUUGCCACUAAAAAACUCCAAGCAGGUAGUAAUAGCAUAAUAAAAAUAGGUAUUUUCUAUUUUGUAUGCUGGGAGCCUUUUGGAAUGCUUUCUUGGGGUUGUAUGUAGAAACUGAACUCUGAACUUCCCCAUUCAGUUGUUACUUAGUCAGUCUUCACAUUCAGUUCUUCCAGCUGAUUUAUUAAUUUUCACAUCCACUGUCUUUAAUAGUAGUGGAACAUAAAGUAUUUGUAGGCAUUAAUCUUUAAAAGUCUUUAAUUUCAAAAAUUUCUUCUUCAUUUUGACAGCAAAAACUCAUUAUCAUAAAAGUGUCACUAGGAAUAAAACUUUGAAUUCAGGUUCAUCCACUCUCAUAAUGGAACCAGACCCUACUUGUAUGAGUGAAGCAAGUGAUGAUGAUAAUUCUUAAAAUAAGAUGUGUAACUAUUAUACAAGAACUUUACAGCAAAGGAGUCUCAUUAAGGGGACAUCUUUUAACAUAAUAAAUGUUGCAUAUUCCAGUCUUCUGUAAGGACUUGUGUAUCACUUCCCUCACUUUAAAAGACAGAAGUAAACAGCGACCUCUCAGAGCCAUAAAACCACAGGACAUGACUGUGCCCAAAAAACCCUCAAGAGCCUGCAAGAUUUUGUAACAUGCAUAAAGUGUGUUCCUUGUGUGAAUUUUUCCAGAGAGACUUUGAGAAUUUAUCUAAGUUCAGAAAUUCAAGUGAGGCAUGUUCACAACAGUAGAUUCUCUAUUCUGUAUUUUCUGAUCAAGUGUUUGAUGAGCUUAUAAAAGAAAGAAGUCAAUCAGCCAUUAAUUUAUUCCAUAACAAGAAUGUUAAAAUAUCAUAUUUUAGCUGUAGAACCUGACAGAAGUGAAUUGCAACUAUGGUAUCAAACUCUAGAGACUUGACAAAAUAUGCUGGUAAUUUAUGCUUGUGGCUAAGUCUCUUAAUUGUUUCCUUCUCCUUGCUGCUGAGCUAGAGUAUUGAAAUUCAAGUCAAUGUCCCAAGAAAAUCAGACAUUUUUGCUAAUACUAAGUCAUAGUAGAACGUAAAAGUUAUGAGAAAACCUUGAAAAUUAAAAUCCUGUAUUUGCCUAAAUGCUAGUUCCCCUUGAGAGUCUUUCAGUCAUUCUAAUCCAAUAUUUUACCUGAUUCUUUCUAUAAUUGUAAAUAUCAAUGCAUACACUUCAGCUGUCUUGAAUUAUGACUCACUGUAAAUAAAAUAAUCUAUUUUGUCACAGUGGUUAUGGAAGAGCCAGUGCAUUAGCACUGCUCAGUUGGCAGUGAGUUUCUUUGAAAAUAAUGUCAUUGUUGCUCUUUUACACUUCUACCUCAGCUGGUAAGUGGAAGAAGAAACAUGUACGUCUGCUGUCUUUAAGGCACAACUCUUAAUCAAAGUCACUGCUACUGGUAUAUUUUUAGGCUUCCCAGAUCUAAAGAUAUAAUAUUAACCAUGCCAGAAUAAUAUUGCAUGUCAUCAGUAUAGAGUCAUGCAUUGUAGGUCUACAUUGCUUAAGCAAUGAAUGUGUUGAUCCUUCGGAAUCAGAGAUCAGAGAGCUGAUUGAUUAUAGAUUUAGGGGACUGUAUUCAGACACCUGUUUAUGUCACAUGUAAUGUUGUGUAUGGCUUAGCUAAAAUGUCAGAGGUUUCAAGGGCAUGCUUUAAGUAAUUUUCCUGUGAAUUGGGAUCACCAGAAGCUGCAAAGUCUGUAUAAACAAGUGACUUGAAUAGUUCCAGUAUUUCCAGGAACUGGAAAGCAAGAUGAGAGGGCAUGAGUUUAGUCCUGCAUGUUUCAGGUCUUCAUUUCUUUACAGAGAAAUGUCCUUCUGCAUUUGCACUGUGGUGGGGUUUGUUUGUGUGUGGGAUUUUUUUCUGUUUGUUUGUUUUGUUUUUAAUGUUAAUAUGCUAUUUCUGAGCAGAAAUUUGACCUGAAUUGCGCAUUUAACAAUCAUGGAAACUUACUUCCUUUCCUUUUGCUAAUCCCUCCUCUAGAGGUGCUUUUAAUGCAAAACCAGGAGAAACUAGUCAGCUGUUAUCAGCUGGGGCCACUUGGAAAAGUUUAUUUUUAAGCCGUAAUGAAGCUGUGUGCCAGAUGUCACGAUUACCACUCUUCUCAGCUGAUAAUUUGUUUAUUUACUUACUGCAUAUUCAGAGGCUCACACCUUGAGUUUGUUAGUCCUUCAUUAGAUCUGAGUGUAGUAUGAACACUGCAGUGCACAAUUUUCAGUAUAGUGAGCAGCCACUGCAUAGUAUUUAAGUAUUGCUAUUAGAAAUUAAAUCAGUUGAUACUUUCAAGAUAUACUUUCCAGCUUGGUGUAAGCCUAUAUAGUGUGAAAUGUGAGGGCUGAAGGCUGGUCAGAGACUCAGUACAGCAUCUUAUGAUUCUCAGAGAAUUUCUGUUUAAGAGACUGCAUGAGAAAUAAGCUCUGCUGGUCCCAGGGAGCUGGAGGAAUGUUAAGAACCUGAAUGACUUUGUAUCCUGAAGCAGGUCAGAGUCUUCCUGGCUGCUGCCCAGUCUGGAUGAAAUAGUUCAACUGAGGUGAAUUGGAACCACUGACCUGCUGUAGAUACACACGUCUUCAGACAUGCUGUGUUUUGGCAGCUGUUUCAUUCUGGUCUAUCUCUGUGGAACAUCCCUGUAGCCUUAUCAGGCUCAAUUUCUAGCAAGGUCAGAAGUAGGUUUGUUUUGGUUUUUUUCCCUUAUGAUAGACCAUUUUUUUUUUCUCAUAGUGAAAUCCAUUACAGACAUUUUCUGCAAAUACAAGCUCUACAGUCAGAUGCUUCAAUGCUAUCUUGCUCUUGUUGCUUGUCAUGAUACAAUGUCCUAGGAGGAAUGUCUGAAAGAGAUAACAUAAAGAAGGAAACAUCUCACAAAAUGUGACUCUCUGUACUCCAUAUUUCACAGAAGUGACAGCUUACCCUAACUGAACUCUCUAGCCUGUCAGAUGGGAAGCCCAUCCUUGCAUAAGAACACAAGGCUAAUUCCUGAGCAUCCUCAUAAGAGCCUUUUUCAUGUCAUUAAUAGUACAUGGUGCUCAAGUAGGUUUUUUUCCUUGCCUCAAGUAGUGCUUCAUCUGCUUUGUCCCUUCAGGUCCUGUUUUCCAUUGUGCAGAUGUCUGUGUACACACAAAAGCUUAACAAAUAUUAGCACUAAUGUAGGUACUAUGCAUAUGUUUACAUAAACAUAUGCCUAGAAUAUUAUUUACACUUCACAUCUACCAUAGGCUGAUACAAAAGCGUGAUUUUCUUUGUGCUAAAGCAGUGUGUGUGUGAGAGGGCUGUUCUCAAAGGUAGGUGCUUGAAAUAUCCUGCUGCUAGGUUUUUGUUUGGUGGAAUCUCAAUUAGAGAUUGAGAUUUGGAGCUUUUGAAUAUCUACUGUACUCUAGUGGACUCAUUAUUUCUGCUACUGGAAGGAGCUUUGUAGUGAUUGUCAUUUGUAGGAGCUUUGUAGUGAUUGUCAUUUGUAGAACAUUUUCUCGUUCCGUAUUUUCUAACAAACUUUACAGUAGUAUUUCUUCUUGUCACACUGAUUUGUAUGACAGGAAGGAAUUCGGUCUAACUCAUUAAACAGUCUUAUAGCUCCUCCAUUUUGAUGAAUCCUUUGACAUGUUUAUUUGCUUUAUGAAUGUAUUAGUCUUCUGAUCUGUAUAAAGAGAACAUUCCAUAGGAUUUAACUAAAUAACAGUAAUUCCCACAGUAUUCUUGCAAAAAUUUAGAUGUGGAUGCUGCCACUUCCUGAGAAAAGGUAUGAAGUGGUCCACAGUAUUUUUUUACAAGGCUGUUAUGCUUCACAUUAGAAGGAUAAUUGUUCACCAACCUGCCUUUAAAUAGAACAGUGAAAGUGUGUAGCCUCAGUAAACAGCUGAUGCAGCAAAACACCCUUUGAUUUCUGUGUGUUUUCAAAUAUCAAGAAAGUAUAAUGGAGUCAAAUCAACUUCAUCUUCUGUAUCCAAGAAAUCCUACAGCUGGCGCAAGUCACAUAAGUGGAAGAGUUUGUGUAGUUAUUUGACUUCCUGAAUUAGUGGUGCUAGUACUUGUAUUCACCUAAUUUAGACCACAUUAUGAGACCAUUUAACAGUGAAAUGUCAUUACUGGAUGUUGCUAGUAUAGCCUUUCCAGUAAAGGAUAGAAGAUAGAAUGGUAAUUGAAAAAAAUUACCAUUUCUUAAUCGAACGAAAGUAGCUCCAAAUUUGCUAAGUGUCUAAUAGGGAAAAGAAGAAAGUGCACUGUCAAACUGUCCCCUCUUGGGCUGUAACACAAGACCAGUUUAUGAUGUAAACUGUCAUGAGUAAAUGGAAUCUGUAAGAAAAGAAUGUUUUUUCAACUCAUGUUGUAUUCAGACACCAUGCAUCUGAAACUGUGCCAUAAAACAGAAGGGAUCAAAGCUACAUAUGUAUUUCCAGGAUGGUUUUCACUAAUACUGAUUUCAAAAGUAAGGGAAAUAAUAAUGAAAUGCUCAAAUAUGGAUCAGAACUUCCCCAUCCGUUUUUAAAACGGGAUGGAAAGAUUGGACUUUUUUCAACAUGGCCUUGAGUUGAUAUUCCUGUCACAUGGAACAUGGACAGGGAAAUUGCUGGUAUGAAUGUUGUUCUGAUUCUCUGUGAACUUUUAUAGUGCAAAAGCUGGUAGCAUUCAUUUAUGGUUUAAAAAGUUUGUUCUGAAGAAAAUAGCAGUUUGAUCAUUCCUACUUUGACUUUUAAAUUUGGUUUUAAGUUUUACUUUCUUGGAAAGACUGAGAAGAAUUAAAAAUAAAAUAACUGCUUAAUGUAGGCUAGAACAAGAGGGCCAUUCUGUAAUUAAGCCUGCUGGAUUUGUAUUCAUUCUCACUAAUCUAAUUAUUACUUUCUUUGAAUGCUCUGCUGUGAGUCAAAAUAAGCUAGUGCUGGAUUUGAGAACCACAGAAUGAGAAAAUGGUGCAAGGAGGAGCGCUGGAUGGAGUCUACAGGCUGGUGCAGUUUCACAUUCACUGGGGUUCCUGUGAUGGCCAGGGAUCUGAGCACACUGUGGAUGGUGUGAAGUAUGAUGCAGAGCUCCAUAUUGUUCACUGGAAUGUAAAAUAUGGUAAAUUUGCUGAAGCUGUGAAACAUCCUGAUGGUUUAGCUGUGGUGGGCAUCUUCAUGAAGGUGGGAAAUGCCAAGCCUGAGAUGCAGAAGGUUGUGGAUGCCCUGAGCUCUAUUCAAACCAAGGGAAAGCAAGCUUCCUUUACAAAUUUUGACCCCACUGGACUCCUUCCCGCAUGUAGAGACUACUGGACAUACCCUGGCUCACUGACCACUCCACCACUGCUUGAAUGUGUGAUCUGGCAUGUUCUGAAGGAGCCCAUCACUGUGAGCCCUGAACAGAUGUGCAAACUCCGUGGCCUUUGCUUCAAUGCUGAGAAUGAGCCCGUGUGCCAUAUGGUGGACAACUGGCGCCCAUGUCAGCCUUUGAAGAGCAGAGAAGUCAGAGCCUCCUUCCAGUAACCUCAGUGCUGAGAGUGAUAGGAAUUGCUGUGUUUGUGAGGAGCCCCUUUUGCUAAGCCCAAAUCAAACUUUGCCAUGUGUGCCCAAGCAACAUCAUGUCUCCCAGAUCCAUUCUUUCUUGUGCUCUGCAUCUGAAAUGCCAGCUAUUGAAAUGUGAAAGGCUCUCAGCUGAUUGGGAAAGGGUUCUUGAGGUGUGGGGUUGGGGGAGGCAGGGGGUGGGUGGCUGUGUGCAUUUUGGUGACUAUUACUGCGACUGACACUGCUAUAGUAGUAAGUUGGCUACUUGGGAGAGGGUAUGGUGGUAGCAAAAUAAGCCAUUUUAAGAAACCUCAUCCACAGGUGUGAUAGUACACAUAACUAACGAUAACUUGAAGCUUUGUAAGAAGCACAGGAAUACAGAAUCUGCUAUAAUUUAGAGAAAAAAGGUAUUUUUAGAAAGUUAAGCAGAAUGAAUAUUUAGAAUUAGACUUCUUAGAUUUUAAGAAACUGACAUGUAAAUAUUUUUGAGACUAUUUUGCAUUUUUACCCGUGCUGUCAACAGCCUUAGUUAUGUCUUAAUGGUAGUAUUGAGUUUUUUAAUUAAGAAUGGUCUAAAUUAAAUGUUAUCUUUAAAAGUUGUUAUUACCAUAGAAAUAAUACAAAAUAUCUUUUCAUUGAAAUAAUAUAUGUUCUAAUUUAAAAAGGAAAAUAAUAUUGUAUUUUAGAUAACUUCUCUAAUAAAUCUAUACUUCUA